AUGUGUGGUAUAUGCUGUACGGUCAGUUUAACUUGUCCUGGGGACAUAACUUAUCCUCAAGAGAACAGGAACCUAAGACGUAGAGGGCCUGACAGCAGCCAGCAGAUAAUCGGCAGUGAUCGCUCUCAUGACUACAGCUGUUUAUUCUCGGGUCACGUUCUUCAUUUAAGAGGGAAACUGACUCCUCAGCCACUGCAAGACAAAAGUGGAAAUAUUUUUCUGUGGAAUGGAGAAGUCUUUGGUGGCGUGGAAAUUUCAGAUCUUGCGAACGACACUCAAGUAAUGUUUGAGCAUCUUGCAUCUUGUGAGGAUCAGCAUGAUCUAUUAUCACUGUUUUCCAAAGUACAAGGACCUUGGUCUUUUAUUUACUAUCAGAGAAGAAGUCACUGCUUGUGGUUUGGAAGAGAUUAUUUUGGUCGUCGCAGCCUUUUGUGGAGGUUUAGUGAGAAUCUUAGGACGGCUUUGUGUCUCACCUCUGUGACGGAGUCACUUGCUGGAUCUGAUGCCAUUCAGUGGCAGGAAGUUCCAGCAUCUGGUAUUUUCAAGUGUAACCUAAGCUCCUGUGCGAAAUCAAAGUCUAUAACAUUAACAUGUUAUUCAUGGAUGCCUGCUUCAGAGAUGCCGCUCACAGGAAUGGUAAUGAAGGAUGAGGAACAAAAAUGUAUUGUGGAUGACCUUCCAAAAAAUGUGAUUGAACUAGAGAGUGGAGAUGGUAAACUGAUUACCCCAAUUUCUCCAUUAAACAUAGAAAUCCCGGAAUCCAUUCUAGAAUCACAUGGCGUAACACCUGGUUGCAGCGUCGGCGUAGAGGAACUUACAAUGCUGAUGUCAGCAGAACACAGGAAAAAUGCACAGUCCCUUGUAAAUGUUUUAAGUGAGGCUGUGAGGAAACGGGUUCUUCACCUGCCGCGGUUAACUGGUUCCUCAGUUUCAGGAGCUGGAAGACAAGCCAAUGUCGCAAUUCUUUUUUCUGGUGGAAUUGACUCCAUGAUGUUGGCUGCUCUUGCUGAUCGCCACGUUCCGCCUGAUGAACCUAUUGACCUACUCAAUGUAGCAUUUAUGAUGAAGUCCCCAAAUCCAAAGAUACCCUCAAAGAAAUGCAUCAAGCUAAAGAAACAAGACUCGGCCUUAUCACACCAAAGCAACGCUCUUGAUCCUUUUGAUGUUCCUGAUAGAAUCACGGGCAGGUUGGGUUUGGAUGAACUUAGGGCACUGAGCCCAACAAGAAUAUGGAACUUUGUUGAAAUUAACAUCACACCUGAAGAGCUUAAACUAAUGAGGCAACAGCACAUAACUCAGUUAAUCCAGCCUUUGGACACCGUUCUGGAUGAUAGCAUUGGCUGUGCUGUUUGGUUUGCUUCUAGAGGAAUUGGCCUACUGACUGGAAAUGGAGAAAUGAAACCCUAUACCAGCACUACUAAGGUUGUGCUGACUGGCAUCGGUGCAGAUGAGCAGCUUGCUGGCUACUCCCGUCACAGAGUGCAGUUCGUUAGAAGGGGAUACAAAGGUCUCCUUCAGGAGCUGAGCAUGGAAUUAGAACGAAUCUCUUCCAGAAACCUUGGACGGGAUGACAGAGUUAUUGGUGACCAUAGCAAAGAAGCAAGAUUUCCCUUCCUUGAUGAAGAUGUGGUGGCUUUCCUGAACUCUCUGCCAAUCUGGGAGAAAGUAAACCUAACUCUGCCCAGAGGGCUUGGUGAAAAACUGCUUUUGCGCAUGGCAGCUGUGACACUGGGACUUGGCGCCUCCUCCGUACUGCCCAAAAGAGCAAUGCAGUUUGGUUCUAGGAUUGCAAAAAUGGAAAACUGUAAUGAAAAGGCUUCAGACAAAUGCGGCAGAUUGCAGACGGGCCAAAUUGGAUGAGCUCAAUGAUGCACUACGGUCACUGGAAAGAUGAUGUUUGCAAAGAAAUUUAAUUUUAUUGUAAUGAUUUUACAUUUAAUAAAAAUCAUUUGAUAAAUA